AUGAAACCCUCGCACUCGAAUCUUUCCCGAUCCCGUCCCAAAAUCACCUACCCCUCCACAUCCACAAAUCCACACAACUCUGGCAAGGGUACCCCCCGCCGCAAGGUCAAGAAGGUCGUCCGCAACUCCGGCGCCGAUGACAAGAAGCUCCAGGCCGCUCUCAAGAAGCUGAACGUCCAGCCCAUCCAGGGCAUCGAGGAGGUCAACAUGUUCAAGGAGGACGGCAACGUCAUCCACUUCGCCAACCCCCGUGUCCACGGUGCUGUCCCCUCCAACACCUUCGCCCUCUACGGUAACGGUGAGGAGAAGGAGCUCACCGAGCUCGUCCCCAACAUCCUCAACCAGCUCGGCCCCGACUCCCUCGCUUCCCUGCGCAAGCUCGCCGAGAGCUACCAGAACAUGCAGAAGCAGCAGGGCGAUAAGAAGGAUGAUGAGGAGGAUGAUAUCCCCGAGCUCGUCGAGGGCGAGAACUUCGAGACCAAGGAAUAA